AUGAAAGAAGGUGCAAACAACCUCAGCAAAGGUGAUGUUGCAAUAGAUGUCAAUAUUCCAUGGGGCCCCAACAAAGAUAUAUCCUGCGUGAAAUCCAUGAAAGAGAAGCUCGCAGCCAUGAGCAGAAAUUGCAAACCGUCUCGCCAGUUCACCAUCUGCAGAGUCCCACCAGCCAUCCGCCAAUUAGACGAGAGCGCCUAUGACCCCAAGAUCAUCUCCAUCGGCCCAUACCACCAUGGCAAGACGAGCCUCCAACCCAUGGAAGAACACAAAUGGCGGUCUCUCCACACAUUCCUUACCCGCAAUCCGACUAUAAGCUUGGAAGGUUACAUCAUGGAGAUGAAAGGUCUGGCAAAUAGUUCCCGAAACUGCUACUCGGGAAACAUCGACAUGUGUUUCGAUCAGUUUGUGGAAAUGAUGGUGCUUGACGGCUGUUUCAUCAUCGAAAUCCUACUUAAGCAGAAGGAGGCCGUCGCAGCUGGAGACCCCAUCUAUUCUGAAAGCUGGGUAUUGCCACUCAUAGCCCACGACAUGCUCCUCCUUGAAAACCAACUUCCUUUCUUCGUCCUUGAACGCUCAUUACACCUACUCACCAAGCCUUUUUCUCUCCCAGAGCUCGCUUUGGAUUUCUUCGAGCAUAUCCUGCGAAAGAACGAUAAAAUCCCUUGCACGAACAAAAUACUUCACUUGCUCCAUCUGUUUCAUUCCCGUCUACUGCCAGAAUCGCAAGUGGAGAAGAUAGUCAGCCGCAUGGACAACUCCAAUCCCCAGUGUUAUAAGCGAGCCAACAUCCAGCCGAGGACAGUGAUGAGAUCGCCGGUAUCAUUAGACCGUAAACCGCCAAAACGCCCCAAGAAGAUUCCUUCAGCAGAGGCUCUUGAAGAUGCUGGAAUCAGAUUUUCUUUGAAGGAGGACGGUGGGAGUUUCUUGGAUGUGGAAUUCAACUAUGGGCGGAUGGAGAUGCCGCUCGUUUCCAUCUACAAUUCUACUAAUUCCCUCUUCCGUAACUUCAUCGCCUUUGAGCAGUGCUUCCCUGAUUGCGGGAACCACUUCACGAGCUACGCCAUCUUCAUGGACUCGAUCGUGAAUACAGAGUUAGACGUGGCAAUCCUCAAUGAUGCUAAGAUCGUCGAGCACGUGCUCGGCAGUGAUCAGGACGUGGCCCACCUCUUCAAUGAUCUCUGCAAGGGGAUCACCAUCGAUUUUGAGGAUUCAUUUCUGGCUAGCUUGUUUGAGGACGUGACCGGCUUCACGGAGACACGAUGGCACCGGUGGCAGGCUCGCCUGAUGCGUGACUAUUUCAGCAACCCAUGGUCCAUUCUGUCUUUGAUCGCAGCCAUUGUCGUUCUUAUCCUUACCCUCGUUCAGACCUACUUCUCUAUCUACGGCUAUUUCAAACCUCCGUCUUAG